ACCGCGCCUCGCUGGCCGAGCUGUUCCUGCACAUGCUGCGCUACUACGCGGACUUCCCGUGAGUACCUCACUCCCCGCUGUAUGCCCCGCGGGCUGCAGGCGGGCGAGGCGCGGCGGCCGCACAACCGCGCCUCGCUGGCCGAGCUGUUCCUGCACAUGCUGCGCUACUACGCGGACUUCCCGUACGGCGCGAUGGCGGUGAGCGUGCGAGCGGGCGCGCGCGUGCCGGUGGCGGAGUGCCGCGCGGCGCGCGCGCACAAGAACGACCCGCACCAGUGGAAGCUGCUGUGCGUCGAGGAACCGUUCGAUCUCACGAACACGGCGCGGUCCGUGUACGACCCGGAGACGUUCGAGAAGAUCGUCAACACCUUCCGCGACAGCUACACGCGCCUCGCCAGCGGCCUGCGCCUCGCCGACGCCUGGCCGCAGCCGUCACAACAGUCACAGCAGCCGUCACAACAGUCACAGCAGACGUCACAGCAGCCGCGAUGACGCGCGCCGCCCGCCCGCGGCCUGUGACGCGGCGCUUGUGUCAGUGCGAACUUUGAACUCGGCGCGAGCGAUCGCCCGAGCCGUUGUGUUUAUUUAUUGUUUCGUUUAUGUUUCGUUGGAUCCUAGUGCGUCACCGGGCCCCCUGGUAGUUCUAGUCGCCAGCUCGCCGAUCGACUCGAGCCCGGCGCGGGUUCCGUCGAUCC